AUGACGAGCUACCACCAGAGGCAAGGUGCUGUUGGCGUUCCUCCAGAGGAUGCCAAGAUGAAAAGGGCCUUCACAACGUGCAAAGAGUGCCAAAAACGCCGGACAAGGGUACAAACGACCUCCCAUCCCCCAUCCCCCUUUCCCUUCUCUCCCUUACCCUACUCUCUCUCUCUCGCUCUCUCUCUCCCCCUUCAUUUUGCCCUCGUUGCGUUCUUUCCUCCGCUAUAUGGACUUUCUCGAGCGUUGACCCUUCAUCCGCUCUCUAGUGCACCGGCAUGCCGUCGUCGGAAAACCUCCGCGAGAAGGACACAGGAGGAGCUGGACGAUACUAGGUCAAUCCUCGAAUCGCUCCUUAGGCUUAUACGCACCGGCGAUGCCGCCUCCCUGCAGACUAUGGUUCAGACAGUCCGUGGUGAUGCCGGGCUAGACGAAAUCCGCAACUUUCUCGACCAAGUCCUCUCCGCCCACUCCUCAGCACAACCUAACAACUUGAAUCCGCAACAUCCACACCACAGCAUAGACCCAAACAUGAUGGACCCCAACAUGAGGGACUUCUAUGGUCCAAAUUUGCAGUAA